UUCUGCGGCGCUUAAAGCGCUCAAUAGGAGCCCCCGAUUCUCCUACAGAGGGAAAGGAAAUCCAAAAGAAGUUUGUGGAGCAGUGUGAGCCGAAAAAGUAGUGAAGCGGUAGGCGCCUUAUCCCCCUGCGCGUAGCAAGACAGACACUGGUGGGCUCUGGCUGCAGGGCAGCAAGCAAUGGCUUCCGUCGCCUUUUUCUCGCUGCUGCUUCUCUCCGCCGCCGUAGCUCCUCCGGCUCUUGGCUUCACGCGGAGCGACUUCCCGCCGGACUUCGUCUUCGGCGCCGCCACCUCCGCGUACCAGGGGGCUGUUGCUGAGGAUGGCAGGAGCCCAAGCAUCCGGGACACCUUCACUCAUGCAGGGAAAAUGGCGGAUAAAAGCGUAGGUGGGUACCACAAGUACAAGGAUGAUGUGAUCAUGGUUGACAUGAACCUAUAGGCUUACAGAUUUUCCAUCUCCUGGUCAAGGCUUAUCCCAGAUGGCAGGGGAGCUGUCAAUCCAAAAGGGCUCGAGUACUACAACAACCUCAUAGAUGCGCUAGUGCAACAUGGGAUUCAAGUCCAUAUUAUGAUUUACCAGCUUGAUUACCCUCAAAUGCUGGAAGAUGAGUAUGGAGGAUGGCUAAGCCCUAGAAUUGUGGAUGAUUUCACAGCAUUCGCAGAUAUUUGCUUCAAAGAGUUUGGAGACAGGAUCUCGUACUGGACUACAAUAGAUGAACCUAACAUAGGUGCGACCGGAUCUUACGAUGGCGGAUCGAUUGCACCCGGACAUUGCUCCGACCCGUUUGGAGUUACAAAAUGUACGGUGGGUGACUCUACAGUGGAACCAUAUAUAGCAGCUCAUAAUAUGCUAUUGGCGCAUGCAUCAGCCAGUAGGCUUUACAGACAAAAAUAUCAAGCCAUGCAAAAGGGGGUUAUCGGCCUAAGUAUUUACUCCCUUUGGCCUUAUCCUAUGACAAACUCUACGGAGGAUUUAGAAGCAACAAACAGAUGUUUGGACUUCUUUUUGGAAUGGAUACUAGAGCCCUUGAUAUCUGGAGAUUAUCCGGAAAGAAUGAAGAAAAUUGUUGGCUCUCGUCUUCCAUCCUUCACUAAUAUCCAGUCUGAAGCUAUAAUUGGUAGUGCAGAUUUCAUUGGGAUAAAUCACUACUAUUCUGUCUUCGUGAAUGAUCGUCCUUUAGACAAAGGCACUCGUGACUAUACAGCCGACUUGUCAAUUAUCUACAAAGCUUCUAAAACAGACCCGCCAGCCGGUAAGGCUCCCCCAACGUCAUUUCCAAGUGACCCCGAAGGAUUGCAACGUGUGUUAUUGUACUUGAAAGAAGCCUACAGAGACAUUCCCAUUUAUAUCCAAGAGAAUGGUCAAUCAUCUAGUAAUAACACUCUUGAAGACAUCGGCAGGACCGAAUACUUGAAGAGCUACAUAGGGAGCACAUUGGCUGCAGUAAGGAGUGAAGCUAAUGUGAAAGGCUACUUCGCCUGGGCAUUCUUGGACGCCUUCGAGUACCUGUCAGGGUAUCAGGCACGUUACGGCCUGUACCGUGUCGAUUUCGACGACGAGGCCCUGCCACGGCAAGCCAGGCUCUCUGCUCGCUGGUACUCCGCCUUCCUGAAGAACCAGGACAUCCUUGUUCAGAGUGAGCUCAACAAUACAGGAUGGCAUGCUGAACAAUGAGUCUGCCUCAUCGGACACACUCACCGUUUAUACCUCAGGGUCAACGUACAUACGUAGGCGUACCACACAUGCAUAGAUACUGCAAUGUAGUUUGGAAAAUCAUUUUAAACAACCGACUGAUUCUCUC